UCCUUUCUUGUUUUGGUACUGAUUUUAGAGGUCAAACACAUUAUCAUCAAGAUUGGAUUAGGGUUUGUAUUUUGGUCAUUUCAGCUAAAAUUCUUCUUCCCAUCUUCUGUUUACACGGAAUAAUCACAGAUUUUAAGAUAUGAAGACCGCUUCUUGGACCUUGUGGGCCGUGGUGAUCCUAUGUGUCAGUACUGCGGCAGUCGGUGCUCGGUAUGGACCUUUAUCUACUGACGUAUCCGAGAUUUAUCCCCGUACACCUGGACAUUACCAUGGACCGGUUGCAGCCCCCACUUCUGACGCGUCAUCAGGCUUGCAGACUCUUGUUUUAGUUGCUUUUUGUUUAGGUGGAUUAGGCAUUCUCGGUGGAGUUAUCUUCACGACAGUCAUUUGCUAUAGACAUUUUAGAGAUAGAGCACGGUCCAGAGCACGAGACGCAGCACGAGCACUAGACGCAGCACGUGACAUUCUCGACCACGUACAGCUCCAGGGUCUACCAUCUGGUAGGGCCCCACACACGCAGGAGGCGAUCAUCGUUCAGCAGCCGGGUGGUGGUGUCAGCCAGAGUUAGGCUUCCUUUUAUAUCCUUAUGUAAAUCAAUAUACAAUA